AUGAACCCGGGCUACGUCGUAUUCAAGAAGGGAAGGAAGGGAAGUGUCGUUCAGCACCAGAAGAGUAGGCAAAUUGGAGCGAUGGAGGGUCGUUGCAAGGAUACAAUGGCAUUGCUGGGUCUGAUGCCCUCCUCUAUUCUGCAAUACGAGCAAAAGGCCGGCGCCGACACUGGUAGAGCUAGGUCGUCGAUGCCCACGGGGAACAACAAACCGUCAGUGAUGUUGACGGUUAAGUGCGUUCGCGAAGUCGGACGCGAGCGCUACGACAAGAAGAACAAAAGGGAGAGCAAGGCCUUCCGAUACGCCGUUUGGUGUUGCCCUCCCCUCGCAUCAGACCUUCCUAUCACCCCGGCCUUAGUCGACGAGGACCACGAUCAGCAGAUUGAAAAGCGUGAAAUGGCGCCGGUCGCCGUCUUGGAAGUCUCGCGGGAGACGCCGCGUGAGGUCGACGUUGACGCCGCAACACCCGAGUCCAUGCCAAGCAUGAUUCUGACCGGCUCGGACGGGUCGUCAAUGGGACCCGCAAGCCCGGCGAGCGCGGAAUGGUCCCCGUUGAACGAUCCAGUCUACGACCCCGUGCAGGAGCGCGUCGAUGGGAAGAUCAUGGUUACACUUCGCGGCGUCGGAGUGAUCGGUGAUGGACGUCCAUCUCGCAAGGCUGGCAAGGUCUCCCCCUCCUACAAGGACUCCCACUCUUCCCCGGAUUCCAAGCGAAGCGGGCCCGCUCGCUUCAAUGAGGUCCUGGGUUGGAUCUGCAAGAGCACCGAUCUACGACCCCUUGUCAAGGAUCUCAUCCGCAUCGCCGCAGAUGAAGAGGCGUCAGGCGCGUGCUGGACGCGACGGACGCGAGGUUUCACGUCGUAUCGGAACGGGCCGCGAGCGAUGGUCGACAUCGACGCGUAG